GUGUCUCGACUCUUGACAGUCCGCCUCACUUCCUUGUUGACUUUGGAGGAGAGAAGCAAACACAUGACGUGUCGUGUCCACGCUGUCCUCACCGGCAUCCUCACGACCUUUAAAAAGCGUCGUGACAAGCGCCACGAGUGACCGUGUGGGAGAAGUAAAGGAAGUGCGGAGCUCCGUGGUGGAAUAGCGGAGUGUUCGAGGCGAGGAGUCCGCUGAGGCGGCACCGAGCUCCGGCUUGCUGGCGGCAUGGCAGCCGUGAAGGCUCUCCAGCAGUGGUGCCGCAUCCAGUGUGAAGGCUACCGGGAUGUGAACAUCAAAAACAUGACCUCGUCGUUCCGGGACGGGCUGGCUUUCUGUGCGCUUAUCCACAAACAACGACCCGAACUCAUUGAUUUUGAUUCCUUGAAGAAAGAAAAUGUCUAUGAGAACAACCACCUGGCGUUUAAGGUUGCAGAGGAGCAGCUUGGAAUCCCUGCACUCUUGGAUGCAGAAGAUAUGGUGGCUCUCAAAGUCCCGGACCGCCUCAGCAUCCUCACCUACGUCUCCCAGUACUAUAACUACUUUCAUGGACGCUCUCCAAUUGGAGGUGGAGGCGCUGUAAAGCGACCUGCCGAAGCACCCGCUGACGGGCCGGCCGGGAAGAAAAACCAGGCAGUGGUGUCUAAAGUGUUCCAGCCGUCUAAGGAGAAUAACCCUCCACCUUUUUUUGCCGCCACACAGCCUCUUCCUCGCCCGAGAGAAACAAGAAACAAUGAGUUUCCAGCAGAGAAAUCCCAUCGGGUCGGAACCCUGAGUAACAAGUGUGUGUCCUGCAACCAGCACGUUCACCUGGUGCAGCGACAUCUAGUGGACGGGAAGCUCUAUCACAGGAACUGUGCAAAGUUACUGGGUCUUCCAAACACAAGCACACUUCUAAGAAAUGUUCCUUCAAGAGUCACUCCUCCAGCAGACCUCACUAAAGACAACACAGUGACACCCACGGCUCCACCCAGACUGGGCCCCGCGGCCCAGAAACCAAGCGCUCCUUUAAGCUUCUCCAUCACGUCUUCAACUCCUUCGUCAAGUAACACCACGCCCGCUAAAGAGAGUAAGGGUCCCGUCUCCCAACCCUCAUCUACCGUCAUUACACCCGCCCCCAUCAGCACCCGGCCCGUGGCGGCACCUCGUACUUCUACCACAGCGGCCAAGACCCUUCAGUCCAAGCUUGCCUUCUUCCAGGCAGAAAGUGCGGAUACAAAACCUGUAGCCAUGAUUGUAGACCCCCCAAAAGGGGCAAAGUCUACUGAUCCUGUUCAGGAAACAAAAGGAGGCACAAAUGCUCUUGGAGCUAAAAGUCAGGCAAAGGUGAAGGAAGACACAGCAAAGAAGGCCAGCGAUGACAAAAGCAGUAAAACGAAGCCUACAGAAACCUCUAAAAACCUCUCAAAGGUGGAAAACAACAAUAGUAAAACGGAGCUUGCAGAAACCUUGAAUAAAGUCUUAAAGGUGGAAAAAAACAACAACGAUAGUAAAACAGAGCUUGCACAAACCUCUAAAAAAGUAUCAAACGUGGAAAACAACAAUAGUAAAACAGAGUUUGCAGAAACCUUGAAUAAAGUCUUAAAGGUGGAAAAAACCAACAACAAUAGUAAAACAGAGCUUGCACAAACCUCUAAGAAAGUCUCAAAAGAGGAAAACAACAGUAGUAAAACAAAGCUUGCACAAACCUCGAAGGAAGUCUCUCAGGUGGAAAACAACAGCAGUAAAACAGAGCUAGCACAAACCUCUAAGAAAGUCUCAAAAGCAGAAAACAACAAUAGUAAAACAGAGCUUGCACAAACCUCUAAAAUAGUCUCAAAAGUGGAAAACAACAACAAUAGUAAAACAGAGCUUGCAGAAAACCCUAAGAAAGUCUCAAAAGUGGAAAACAACAACAAUGGUAAAACAGAGCUUGCAGAAACCUAUAAGAAAGUCUCAAAGGUAGAAAACAACAACAAUGGUAAAACAGAGCUUGCAGAAACCUCUAAGAAAGUCUCAAAGGUGGAAAACAACAACAACAAUAGUAAAACAGAGCUUGCAGAAACCUAUAAGAAAGUCUCAAAGGUAGAAAACAACAACAAUGGUAAAACAGAGCUUGCAGAAACCUAUAAGAAAGUCUCAAAGGUGGAAAACAACAAUGGUAAAACAGAGCUUGCAGAAACCUAUAAGAAAGUCUCAAAGGUAGAAAACAACAACAAUGGUAAAACAGAGCUUGCAGAAAACCCUAAGAAAGUCUCAAAGGUGGAAAACAACAACACUGGUAAAACAGAGCUUGCAGAAACCUAUAAGAAAGUCUCAAAGAUGGAAAACAACAACAAUGGUAAAACAGAGCUUGCAGAAACCUAUAAGAAAGUCUCAAAGGUAGAAAACAACAACAAUGGUAAAACAGAGCUUGCAGAAACCUCUAAGAAAGUCUCCAAGGUGGAAAACAACAACAAUGGUAAAACAGAGCUUGCAGAAAACCCUAAGAAAGUCUCAAAGGUGGAAAACAACAACAAUGGUAAAACAGAGCUUGCAGAAACCUAUAAGAAAGUCUCAAAAGUGGAAAACAACAACAAUGGUAAAACAGAGCUUGCAGAAACCUAUAAGAAAGUCUCAAAGGUAGAAAACAACAACAAUGGUAAAACAGAGCUUUCAGAAACCUCAAAGAAAGUCUCAAAGGAGGAAAACUACAACAACAGUAAGCCGACACCAAAGUCUGACCUCCCCAAGCAAACUGAUGUAACUCCUCAGGUCCAGGAAGUCAAGAAGCCCACAGAAGGGGUCAGAGGGAAGAUGAGGCUCAGGCUCAAAAUCAACCCAUCCUUCCUGGCCGACCUGCAGCCUCCACCGUCAGAGGGGAGCCCCCCCUCAGUCAGCAGCAGCCAGCCAAGAGACAAAACUCCAGACAGAGGCUCCAAACCUGCUGCACCACCCAGAACUUCAGCAUCAGCAGACAAGGAGACGCCCACAGAUUGGAGAGCCAUGCUUAAACCUGUCUCCAAAGAUACAAAAGCUGCUGACUCAUCCCAGUCCUCUGCGAGACUGCAGCCGGACAAAACUGCAAACUCGCCGUCAACCCAAGUGUCUUUAAAACCAUUGGUGGAUCCCCCUAAACCUACCGGCAUCUCUGUCACCGUGCCGUCAUCACAAGGCUUCCGUAACGACGAAAGGAAGCCCACAACAACACCAUCAGAGUCAAACUUCUUAAAGACAAAGCCAAACUUCAUCCCCAAAGAGGCCAUCCUGAAGGAGCUGCAGGAGAUCGAAGAUAACAUCAACCAGUUGGAGAAGAGAGGGGUGGUGCUGGAGACGAAGCUACGCCACAGUGAAGACGAGGGGGAGGAUGACUCUCUUAUGGACGAGCUGAUGGUGGAGUGGUUCGGCCUGAUCAGAAACAAGCAGUUGGCCAUGCGACGCGAGUCCGAGCUUGUCUACAUAGGGAAGACCCAGGACUUGGAGGAGGAGCAGCCUAGUGUUGAACAGGAUCUCAGGAAGCUGAUUGACAAACCAGAACAUCUGAAGACGGCGUGGGACCGCAAGCGAGAAGAACAGCUGAUGAGCAAACUGAUGGAGAUCGUCAAUGACCGCAAUGCUAUCGUAGAAGGGCUGGAUGAAGACAGGCUCAGAGAGGAAGAGGAAGACCAGGAGCUGGACAAGUUGAUGAUGAAUCUCAAUGCAAAAAAAGACAAAAAGAAGAAGUCGCCCAUGUCCAAACUCUUCACUUGGGGGAGCAAGAAGGAAGCAUGAUGCCACUCAAACAUGUUUGCUGCUCUCCUCUGGUACCUUUCAUCUUAGUCCACUUUAGUUUAGUUCCAUUUAAAUGCUCAUGUGUGAGUGUGAGUGUGUGAGGGGGAGUACACACACACACACACGCACACGCACACACACACACACACACACACACACACACACUCAGAUCUGAGUGGUUAAUGAUACUCUGUUAUUGGGUUCAGUGCUCCAGUUGUAAUUUUAAUCUUCUUACAGUCUUAAUCUGUCUACUUAAUGCACACACACACGCACAAACACUCACACACAAACUCAUCCACACGAUGGCAUGUGGGUUUUAAACACUAAUAUGAGCAAAAGAAACAACAUUUUUUUCGAAUGUUUUAAAGCUGUGUUGUAAAUGUGUUAAAACUGAAAGUUGUGAUGGAUGGAAUGCCCUGAGAGGACAAUGAGUUGGAUGCAUGAGAACAUUCAUAGACAUGUUUGAAAGCUGCUUCUUGCAUUGGGGUGUGAUGCUGGCUCCGUGUCACACACUGCAACUUACCCCCUGUCACGUCUUACUUGGGUGUCUUUAUUUUUUUUUUAAGUGAAAAGAUUCCAAAUAACUGGUCCAAAGAUGAGAUGUGGGCUGGGUGUAGUGAUCCACAUUGGAUCUGAAUGGAUUUAAAAUGUGCGAAGGCUCUGUAGUAUCUUUUUGUACAAUUUAACAUUGUAUUUAAGUCUCGUUUCCCCUUUUAUUUCCCUGCAAUAAAUCUGCAGCUUAAAAAGAUGUUAUCAUUAAAUAGAU